GCAGCUGCGGUUCUCCCCGUUGGGCGCUUUACGGUCAAAGCCUGCGCUCCGGCCCAUGACAGAGGGACGUCACGGAUUUAACACUCGCAAGAUGGCCAGCCCGGUGACAGCGGCCUGCUGCAUGAUGCUAGCCACGGUGGUAAUGGUGCACGCGCAGAGACACGGCCAAGAGUUCAGGGCAAAGCCUCGCUCAUCCGCGGAGUCCGCGCAGCCGCAGAGAGCCGGACGCAGUCUGCAGAGAGAAAUUCACAUUCAGUACGAGAAGAUGGGCUCAGACGCCGUGCUGCGCUGCAGGCCGGUGGAUCUGAACGCGUGGGUCAUGUGGACGGUCAACGGGACAGACAUCGAUAAAUCGCAUUUUAACGGAUCCUCCCUGAUCUUGCGGAACGUGGAUUUAUCUCACAGCGGCUUAUACUCGUGCUUCGCGGGGCCUACCGGACGGCUCCUUCAUCAGACCAGCCUGAAAGUGGGCCAUCCCCCCAAGGAGCCCAUCCUGAUGUGUCGGUCGAACAAUUACCCAGCGUCCUUCUACUGCAACUGGCAUCUCCCGAGUCCCACCAACAUCCCCAACUCCUUCAACAUCACAGUCAUGCAUGAUUCUCAGCCCCUGUUCUGCGAGAAAGACCCUUUCCCCAAAAACAGGUGUCAUAUCAAAUACAGCCGUCUGUUCUCCACUCUGAAGUACAGAGUAACUGUGUCCGUUACAAACGCGUUGGGGAAGAAUUCUACCUCUAUCACUUUCGAUGAGUUUUCCAUAGUGAAACCCGACCCUCCGGAAAACGUCUUGGCAAAGCCAGUCCACAAAAACCCUCGCAGGCUGGAGGUGACCUGGCAGAUCCCGUCCACGUGGCCGGACCCAGAGUCUUUUCCGCUCAAAUACUUCUUGAGAUACCGGCCUCUCAUCAUUGACCAGUGGCAGCACGUGGAGCUCUCGGACGGCACGUCUCACACCAUCACCGACGCUUACGCCGGCAAGGAGUACAUCAUCCAGGUGGCAGCCAAAGACUACGAAAUCGGCACGUGGAGCGACUGGAGCGUGGCCGCGCAUGCCACGCCGUGGACGGAGGAGCCCAAAUACAUCACCACCGAAGCUCAGAAAACAGAAACAACAACUACAAUCACCACGACGACGACCACCACGUACCGCCAAGGUGUGGCCCCUACCACCAAGGUGUCCGAGCCGGAGUCUGUGAUUGGAUCCUCGGCGGCGCGGGUGUCGUGGCUCGCGGUGUUGUUAUUGGUGCCCGCCGGCGCCCUGCUGAUGUGAUCCCUUCUUUGCGUUCGGACUGAAGAGUGGGUUCCAAGAUUUUUUUCUCUAUUUUGCACAUGUUAAGGAGAAAAGCGUUUAUUUUCAGUUUUACAUUUGAUUAAUGUUACUUUCCCUCGGAACGGACGAACUACGGAGCGCUGCAACGGUCCCCGAAAAACAUUCAAGAUAAUAAAAUCCAAAAACGCGCACAGUGACGAAAAAGACAAUGCUGUCAUGAAAAAAAAAUGUCUGCCAAAACAAGGAGAGCUUUCUGGAAAGCUCUCCCCCUGCGCAGCGUGUCUGCGGGAGGCUGUACACGGAGACUUUGGAUCCGGUUACCGUAAGAGUCGUCAUUGGAUCAUACAGCUACACCGCCAUGCCAAAGACCACCGCUACACCCCCCCCACAAUGCUGUGCUCCCCGAAACAACAUGGAGGCGCAUCGCCGGAAGCGAGACCCCCAACAAAGCCUUCUGAGCCGCGCUCCC